CGUUCUUUCCCAGCGAGACACGCGGGGCCAUCCGAGGCUCCGCCCCACACUCGUCACUUCCGGCGAGCCCGUGUUUUGGGCUUUCCCUGGGAGGUGGAGUAUCGGUUAACCCCUGCACAUCCGAGCGGCCUGGAGCUAGGCGGGCCGGAACCCACGAGUUGGGGCUCCCCAGCCACACCCCUCGGAGGAUUUAAAGGGGAAGGAGGGGCCGGACGGGCCGAAGCCCGAGCCGAGGGAGCGGGUAUGAGGCGCUGCCCGUGCCGGGGAAGCCUGAGCGAGGCGGAGGCCGGCGCACUGCCAGCCGAGGCCCGCAUGGGGCUGGAGGCGCUGCGAGGUGGGCGGCGGCGACAGCCGGGACUGCAGCGACCCGGGCCGGGAGCAGGUGGCCCGACGGGACGGCCGGAGGGGGGCGGUCCUCGGGCCUGGAUCGAGGGGUCCAGCCUGCACCCCGAGGCGGAGAGGACCGACCUCGGGCCUGCGCCGUGUCCGGACGGUCCCCAGGCAGAAUCCUGUGGCGACGGACACGCGGAGUGCGAAGCAGCUGGCCUAGGAGUUGCGUCGGAGAAGCCCAGCCAAAAUAAGGAGCUAGACGGGUCCAACCUCCAGACACCUCCGAAAAGGAAUAGCCCCCUGGCUGAGAUGGAGAUGGCCGGUGCCUGGACAGAUGGCUUUCGAACUGAUCUUCACAGAUCUGACCUCCAGUCUCGGCCAAAGAGAGGCAGCCUCUGUACCCAACCAGGGUUUGAUGAGUCCUGGAGCGAACUGGACAGAUCCGAGCUGUGGCAGGCUCUGCCAGAGACUGACAAGCCCUGGGUUGAUAACCUCCGGACCCACCAUAGCAUGUCCAAACUCCAAACUCACCCAGUCUGCCCCUCACCAGAACCAAGUGCUGAUACCUCCUGCAAAGAAUUGUCCGCGGAUGGUACCAGGACACCACAUGACACCGACGGCUUCUGGACAGAGUCCCAAACUGAUGGAUCCCUCAUAGGACCUAAUACUCAGACAGCCUACAGACAGCCUGAAAGUGAUGGUUUUUCAGCACGAGACACUGAGGGUGCCUUGAUUCAACCUGGCACUGAUGGUCCCUGGGCUGAUGGCGUCUCCGGGGAGUCCAAUGGAGCUGCUCCAUUAGGUUUAUCAGAUCCUGGAGAGUUGGUGACUAACCUGUGCUCCCACCUGGAGUGCAGCUCCCUGUGUCCUGUGCCCCGCCUUAUCAUCACCCCAGAGACUCCGGAGCCUGAGACCCAGCCGGUGGGACCCCGAUCCCGGAUUGAGGGGGGUACUGGCGGCUUCUCUUCUGCCUCCUCGUUUGAUGAAUCUGAGGAUGACUUGGUGGCUGGGGGCGGAGGUACCAGCGAUCCUGAGGACAGAUCUGGAAGCAAGCCCUGGAAGAAGCUGAAGACUGUUCUGAAGUACUCGCCCUUCGUGGUCUCCUUCCAUAAGCACUACUACCCCUGGGUCCAGCUGUCCGGACAUGCUGGGAAUUUCCAGGCUGGUGAGGAUGGUCGGAUUCUGAAGCGGUUCUGUCAGUGUGAACAGCGCAGCCUGGAGCUGCUGAUGGGAGACCCCCUGCGGCCUUUCGUGCCCACUUAUUAUGGCGUGGUGCAGCGGGAUGGCCAGGCCUUCAACCAGAUGGAGGAUCUGCUGGCAGACUUUGAGGGCCCCUCUAUCAUGGACUGCAAGAUGGGCAGCAGGACCUACCUGGAGGAGGAGCUGGUGAAGGCCCGGGAGCGGCCCAGGCCCCGUAAGGACAUGUAUGAGAAGAUGGUGGCAGUGGACCCGGGGGCUCCCACCCCAGAGGAGCAUGCUCAGGGCGCAGUCACAAAGCCCCGCUACAUGCAGUGGAGGGAGACCCUGAGUUCAACGUCCACCCUGGGCUUCCGGAUCGAAGGCAUUAAGAAGGCCGAUGGGACCUGCAACACUAACUUCAAGAAGACACAGGCUCUGGAGCAGGUGACAAAGGUGUUGGAAGACUUUGUGAAUGGGGACCUUGGAAUCCUAAGAAGGUAUGUGGCGCGACUGGAAGACCUCCGAGAGACUCUGGAGAAUUCUCCCUUCUUCAAGACCCAUGAGGUAGUAGGCAGUUCCCUUCUCUUUGUGCAUGACCACACCGGCCUGGCCAAGGUCUGGAUGAUUGACUUCGGCAAGACAGUGGCCCUGCCUGACCACCAGACACUCAGUCAUAGGCUGCCUUGGACUGAGGGCAAUCGUGAGGAUGGCUACCUCUGGGGUCUGGACAAUUUGAUCUGCCUCCUUCAGGGCCUGGCCCAGAGCUGAUGUCAUCUGCCACUGCUAGGCUCACUUGCAGGAUGGCAUAUGACUGGCUGGAAGAACCCUAAGAUGUCGUCCGGCCUGAGGCUGCUGGUAGAAGAUGAGGUGCUUCAAAGUGUCACCAGAUCAGUGUGGUCUGAGGAGCUUGGGGCUCCCUGGCAGCACUGGGCUCCCCUACGAGUGGGAAACAAGACAAGUGGAGGCACAGAGUUAGCAGAACAUGAACCAUCCUGACCAGCUAAGAGAGCUUCUAAGGGAGUACCAGAGGCCACAGCCGAAGAAUGAACUCUUCCCUGAGUUAGCUCUUUGAGCCUAGAUCCAGCAUGUUGGCUUUUGUUUCCCUGGGGACCAGGCAUCCUUUGUGAAGACCUGCAGGAGCUACUUGACCACCUGGGCCAGUGAGAGCCCCAUCUAAGUGCUGACAGGAGCGUGUGGCAUCCUGGUGUACUUGCUGAUGCUGCCUGCGGCCAGCCGGCCCUCCUCCCCACCAGGACAGGGGAGGAUCCUGUCUGUCCCUUUGUGGACUCUGAGCUACUGUAGACCCAGACCACGCCCACAGCACUGUGACCAUCUUCCUUCCUUGGUGCACCAGCUCCAGCCUCAGGACGUCCUCCUCCUGGCCCUGGCCCCAGGGAGGCUCUUGUCCCAGCAGAGUCCAGUGACAGGAAGGAGUGUCUGAGGCAGGGGAGGCCGCUCCUCCUUGGGAACCAGACAGCCUUGCUUUACUGUGUAAGCACCCUGACCACACACAGAAUGAAGUGCCAGGUUGCCCAGAAGCACAAGUGGGUGGGGCUACUGACCCCAACUGUGGACUACCUGGUUCUAACCAAAGACUCUCGAACUCUGGGGUGGGGUCAGGGGGAACCACUGUCCCUGUGCUCCUGCAGUGCUUCCUGGCCCAUACAGGUGGGCUUGGCAAGGACAGAAACCUACCUCUUCUCCAAGCUGAAGCCCUAAUGUCUUCCAAGGCCCACACAUCUUCCUUUUCUAUUGACUGACUUUAUAUAUAUAUAUAUAUAUUUAUAUACGAGGUAGUCAGCUGGGGUGGUGGUGUUAGGGAAUUGAGGCAAAAUGACUUUACUAUGCCUCCCACCUACAGUAGCACCCCAAUAAACAGGACAGAAUCAA